AUGGGCUGUGCGUACUUAGGAGAACUUUGCAUUCUGACGCCGACCUUGGGACCCGAUGAUGUAAAAGCCUUCUUGAUCGCCCACCUGGUUGGCAGUGGCACCUGCGGCACGCAGAACAUCCCAUCUCAACAACAAACUCGUGCCUGCAGCAAAGAGCACGUCCGCCAACCAAUGUUGUACAGCACAACUUCGCAGCAAGUGGUCGUCGUCAUCGGGUACAAACCAGGGCGAGGAGGGGAGACCACUUUGGCUGCGUCCACAUCUUUCUUCAACGUACAAGGGUGUUGGCGUGUGGCGUGUGGCGUGUGGCGUGUAGCUCCACCGGAUUUUCUUUUCUUUUUCUCCCUCCUCUCUCUCUCUUUCUUUCUUUCUUUCUUUGUUUUCCCAGAGGCUGCGGGAAGAGGCUUCGUCAGGCAACCCAUCGUCACCGUCAUUGUCGUUGUCGGUCGGUUACUGGUUUCGGCUGUAUGCCAAAAGGGUAAAACGUCCUCCCUCGUAAGGCAUGAUUCGCCUCCGUAUCAAUCAAGGCCACAGUGUGGGUUGCCGUGCUUCCUAGUGGUUAGCGCUGAGUACUACGGUAGUCGGCGGAUGGAUGAGAUGGCUGUGGCAAAUUCGAAAAUCUCAGGAGGCAAAGACAUUCCUCCCUCCAUCCCAUCAUCCCGAUGA